UAUCAGUAAGCACGCGUUCGACGAACGCCACCUCGCCUCGGUUCAAACAAUCAGAAACAAAUAUUUCACCUUAAAUAGCAGAGUCCGAAGUCCAACUGUCGCGACUGCACUUCAUUCAAGUCUGCUUGGUAGGUAGCAGAAGGAAUAUAGAGAAUCAUGCUAUUUCGAACGUUCACCCCACGGCUACUUCGGCAGCUGGGUGCUUCGCUUAUCAACGCAGAACGCACGGUCGUCGCGAAAUCUUAUCAAUUGCACCCUGCCGUCAGGAACUUUCGGUUUCAACCGGUCAGCACCGUGCACACAUGUUCGAACGCUCGGAAAGCGGUCAGUGUUGAUGUGGCACGGUUAGAUGAAUUGCGUCAAACUCCAGUAAUAAGAGCAGCCUAUUUGUCCAAUGUGGAAGAGAACGGACCUCGACGGCUGAUCGUGGAGCUCUCCGAGGACUUGCGGUACGAGUUCCCGCUUGUCUGGUUACGUGAUAACUGUCAGUGUUCGAAUUGUUUUCAUUCGGGUUCCUACAGCCGCAUUCUCAACUGGGAGCAGUUCGAUGUCGAGGCUGUAGCGAUACGGAAGUGUACAGUGCCGGAAGGUGGAAACCGACUCGAGGUCGUAUGGAAUGAUGAUCAUCGAUCGGUGUUUGGAAGUGAGUGGUUGGUUGAGAGAAAUUUUACCGCAGAGAAUAGUGAACAUUAUCUGAACAAAUGGUACAGACCAAAGCCGAAAUUAUGGAGCCGAAAGGAAUUUGGAGAUAUUUUGACUACGUUUGAGUUCGAUGAUGUCAUCAAUUCCGAUGAAGCCCUGCAGGGCUGGAUUGAAACGUUGAUCAAGUAUGGAAUUGUAAUGAUUAAGAAUGCUCCACUCACGGAACUGGAAUGCAGAAGGCUUGCCAAUCGAAUUGGUUUCAUUCGCAAAACACACUAUGGCGAAGAGUUUAUUGUGAAAGCCAAGGAAGGAACCAGCAACGUGGCCUAUUUAUCCACCCCACUGCAGAUGCAUACCGACCUGCCUUAUUACGAUUACAAACCGGGCUGCAAUUUACUACACUGUUUGGUUCAAUCUCAGUCUCAGGGUGGACAGAACCUUAUAUCGGAUGCCUUUUUCGUGGCUGACCUCAUCCGAAGAGAACACCCGGAAGAAUUCAAACUAUUGUCUGAAACUCUUGUGAACUGGACGGACGUGGGAGAAGAUGAGGGCGGUCAAUUCCACAGUAUUUAUCGAGCACCUGUCAUUUGCAUUGGUCGCAAUGGAAGUCUGGAACGAAUUAAUCACAGUGUACCGCAGAGAGACAGUUUCUUCAAUGUAUCUUUGGCCAGUGUCGAACCGUGGUAUCGAGCCAUGGCACUAUUCGUUCGUCUGAUCCAUCGUGAAGCCGUCGAAUUCAAAACUGCGCCGGGAGACAUACUUACCUUUAGCAACGUACGGAUGGUCCAUGGACGUACGGGUUACACGGAUACGGAUGUUAAUACCAGACACAUCGUAGGGGCUUAUCUUGAUUGGGACGAGAUUUACUCAAAGCUGAGGGUCUUGCUAAGUAGAACUCAAAAGUAGUGAUACGGGAUGCGGAUAAAAUAUUGUUGAUUAAUUACCUUUCCAAGUAUUUGUAAAUUGAGUGCGUUGUUUAGUGAUACAUACAGGUUUUUAACAUUUAGAUAA